GUGUAGGGCGGGGCGAUGACGAGAGGGUAGCAACAGUUGCCCGGGUGAAGGCAAGGCGCCAUAGUCACGGUAGUCCUAGCGACAAGAACCAAGCAACGGGAGUCAACAACAACAACCUAAAUAUAAGGGGAAACAACUUCAACGACUAAAAAGGACAAUAUUGGGACAAACUAGAGAACUAGCGCCUCAAAGCAUUGGUUGCCAUGGCAACUUCUGGAUACUCAGAGGACCUUCAGCCUCAGCAGGCCAAUGCAGUAACCAUAGCAACACCUUCUGCUACCACACCCUCAUCCGCAAAGACGGCACACUUCCUGUCCGAGAUCCCACCAACCUCUGGAGCCAUUGCAUCGGCUAACCAAUCAGCCACUGUCUCAAAAACAGGACAGGAUGCACUUUGUUCUCAAGCGCCGCCCAACAGCCAGAAGGCAGUGGUUCUGACGACUCCCACGCAGCACUAUGUAACCCAAGAAAUCCAGCACUCUGGGGUCCAGAAAAGUAAUGGUCAGAGCAACUCGCCCCAGUACAUCAUAGUAACUGUUACAGAGGGCUCAGUUCACUCCAAUGACAGCCUGUCAGACUCUAGCCCACCUGCCACUGCUGUUCCUACUCAGGUGGUCCAACCAGUGCAGACCACCCAACAGAGGUCAGUGUUACAAGCGGUGUCGCAGGCAGCCAAGAGGAUUCAGAUCAACAACCUACAGUCUGUGGACAUUAACCAGGAGGUGGAGCAUGUGUACUCUGGCCAGGUGCAGUAUGUGGACGGAGGAGGAGACGCGACUUUUACCACGUCCUCCAUUCGAUCGAGCAACUACCCUUUCUCCGACUCGCCCCUCUACUCCCAGACCCCUCCCUCCUCCUCCUCCUACUACGAGGCCACACCCAGCUCUGAGGCAGACAUCACUGCCUCUGUGACCUCGCAGCCAGUUUCUGUGGCAACAGCGGGAGCCAAUAGUGGGGGAGCGGCUGCGGGCGGAGGGGGCUAUGUCAUUCAAGGAGGUUAUGUGUUAGGAGGAGCAGCAGCAGGUGGAGGAGGACAGAGUUACUCCAGCCCUAACUCUCGUGCCCCACCCGCUACUGUGCAGUGGCUGUGUGAUAACUACGAGGGGGCGGAGGGGGUGAGUUUACCUCGCUGCACCCUCUACUACCACUACCUGCUGCACUGCCAGGAGCAGAAACUAGAACCUGUUAAUGCAGCAUCCUUCGGCAAACUCAUCAGGUCCGUCUUCAUGGGGCUACGUACACGGAGAUUAGGGACCAGAGGGAACUCUAAGUACCACUACUAUGGACUGAGGAUCAAAUCUGGUUCCCCGCUGCUCAGACUGAUGGAUGAACAGCAGCACAUGGCGAUGAGGCAGCAGCCUUUCUCACAGAAAAACAGGAUAAAGCCACUUCAGAAGUCACAGGGGAUCACCAAUGGGACAUCAGGUGGGAUGGGUCAGCAGCAGGCGGCGGCACUAUGUGAUAUUUCGGCGCAGGUGCAACAGUACCAGCAGUUUCUGGAGGCAUCAAGGCCGCUGCCAGACUUUGUGGACAUUGAUCUGCAAGAUGGAACCCUGCCCGAUGGGAUCCUUUUAGAACACCUCAAGGCCUUUCAGACUCUCUACAGAGAACACUGUGAGGCCAUUCUGGACGUGAUGGUCAACCUUCAGUUCACUCUCGUGGAGACACUUUGGAAAUCCUUCUGGCGGUUCAGCCAGAGCAGUGACACCGAGUCACUCAACCUGCACAAUGAGUCUGAGAAGCGUCUGCCCAAAUCGUGCCUGGUGGUGCUGUGUAAGUAUGAGCCAGUGCUGCGCUGGACCAAAGAGUGCGACAACCUGCUCUACCAGACUCUGGUGGAGAUCCUCAUCCCUGAUGUACUGAGACCCAUCCCCAGUGCCUUAACUCAGGCCAUCCGCAACUUUGCCAAGAGUCUGGAGAACUGGUUGACAGGCGCCAUGAUGAACAUCCCAGAAGAGAUGGUUCGCAUAAAGGUGCUGUGUGUGGGCUCCUUCUCCCAGACGCUGCGCCGCUAUACCAGCCUGAACCACCUUGCCCAGGCAGCCCGCGCCGUCCUCCAGAACUCCGCCCAGAUCAACCAAAUGCUCUCAGACCUCAACAGGGUUGAUUUUACUAAUGUUCAGGAGCAGGCAUCCUGGGUAUGUCAGUGUGAAGACCGUGUGGUACAGCGGCUGGAGCAAGACUUUAAAAUGACCCUGCAGCAGCAAAACUCUCUGGAGCAGUGGGCUACCUGGCUGGAUGGUGUUGUCUCUGAGGCCCUGAAGCCCUACGAACACAGCCCUGUUGUGCUACCAAAGGCUGCAAAGGUUUUCCUGCUCAACUGGUCCUUCUAUAGCUCUAUGGUAAUCCGGGACCUGACUUUGCGCAGUGCUGCCAGCUUUGGCUCCUUUCACCUGAUCCGCUUGCUGUAUGAUGAGUAUAUGUACUACCUGAUAGAACACAGGGUGGCCCAGGCUAAAGGAGUGACACCCAUUGCGGUCAUGGGAGAAUUUGCCAGCACUGUCAAGAGCCGAAUCUCUCCGGACCUGGAGAAAGAAGAAGAAGAGGAUGACGAGGAAGAGGAGAGCGAGGACGAGGGGGGAGAUCUCGUGCUGCAGUCCAGCUCUCUGAGAGCGGUCGAUGACGAGAAGGACUCGAUGGAGCCGCCCACCAAGCUGCCCAGGACCACUUUCAAUCUGCACUCUCUGACCGACAGCACCCCAUCUUAGCCGCUCAUUUGUAUAGUUAUCACACACACACACACACACACACACACACACACACACACACACAUAUUUUGCUUUAAGUUUAACAUCAUGUCAUACCAUUCUGUCACCCUGUUUGGCCUUCCGUUUUGCAAACAGAUAAUGUUUGCUGUCGUGUGUGUGUGUGUGUGUGUGUGUGUGUGUGUGUGUGUGUGUGUGUGCGUGCGCGUGCAAGUAUGUGAGAAAGUAGGAGAGCCCUUUGCCAUUAUUUUUCUCUUUGCCUUUAUCUGAUAUUUUACAGUCCUUCUCUCGUUCCCUGUGCCUUCCCUGUUUGUCCAGUGUCAAGAUGCCAGUAGCCACCUCUGUCCAGUCUCAACUAUAUUGUAUACAAUAUAUAUUAAUAUGUACAGAUGGGUGACAAAUUAAAGGAAAAACCUGAAUAUACAGUAUGAGUGAGGAUGCAGAUGCUUCCAGAGAGGUGCGCUGCAUGGUACAAUUAAGCAAAUAACAUCCAAUCAUGCUCUGUGGCAUGUAUAAAAAUGCUGAGCAGGCCCAGUUGAUUCUGAUUUUGUAUCAAGAUGGCAAGAGGAAAAGAUCUGAAGAGUUGUAACUCAGUUUUUUUUUUUUUUUAACAUGCACAUGAAAAUGAUGUCAAUGAUAUGCUAUGGCCUUCACAGUCACCAGAUCUCAACCCAAUUAAAAAAACCUAUGGGAGAUUUUGGAGCGACAUAUUAGACAUCAGAAUGAGGCAAAAUCUUUUGGAAGAAUGUUUUUCAUCCCUCCAGUAAAGUUCCAGAGACGUGUAAUCAAUGCCAACACCUUACUAAGACACUUUGUUGUUUUUUCCUUUUAGUUGGUCACCUGUCUGUAUAUUCUUGAUUCCCUCUUGCCCCGCCUUAACCGCUGACCUGAUUGCUGAGGAGAGAUGAGAAGACUCCAAGUGUUCUUCGUACUCUAAACUCAAAAAUAUCUCGUACCUUGCCUUUAAGCGAUGACUAUGCAGGGCACUGUCUGAAAUAUACAAUGUUUUAAUCUCAGAGUAGCAUCUGGAAUGAUACUGCACCAUGGAUUUUGUUGGCACAUGGAUGUUGAUUGACAGAUAUGUGGAUGCCAUAUUUGACUUCAUUUCAUUUAUUAAUUUGGCCAAUUAACUGAUACCCUGUGCCUUUGAGAGAUUUCUAGCCUAAAGAAAGCUUAUAUUCUAUAUAUUCUGUAUCGUGGAUUAAUAAAUGAAAGUCCUGUGAAGUAGUCUUGGUGUUGUCAUGAACUUUUACUAGCUGUGACAAAAAAAAUGUAAAUGGUGACAGUCAAGCCUUGUGAUGAUUUUGCCCAGUUUGCUGUUCAUCCAUCCAUCCAUUCAUUCUUUCAAGAUAAUUUCUUUUACACACACAAUUUAGACACCACCAGACACUUCAUAGAUGCAGUGCAAGUUGAAUGGGCCACAGGAUAAGAUCAAAGCUUCUCCCACCCAAUCAGCAGCACUUUCUACACUGUAUCCAUGGCGACCUUUGUGCCAGCUAGAUGUACCAGCUACAGCUAUCUCAAAGUUUUUGUAGUGUAAAAGUAAUGUGUAUUUUCUGGGUAUCAAUGUUGAACAUUUUGUAAAUGACCUAUAUUAUGUACCUUUGGUGAACCUUGUCACAUAUCCAAACUAUUUGUAUGUUGUUUAACCAUUGUUGCCUUAAGAAAUAUGUUGUGCUACGUCCACUAUCCAGAUGAUUGAACUAUAUUUUUUAUUGUAAUGACGGACCAAGCAUGUGAAUAUGGUGACUUUCUAGAUGGACCCUUUCCAAAGAGCACAUGCUCAACCAGCAGCUUCUCACAUGGCAUGAGCAGAUGUUGAUUUUAUGAAGUGUUGGGACUGUCCUCCUUCAGGAUGACUACCGACUACAAAGAUCCCACCAAAGAGCACUAAAUAGAAAACAAGAGUAUAUUUACAUUUAUGCAUAUGGUGAGGACAAACAACAAAAUAAAAUCAACUGCUAACUGCGAUGUUACUAUUAUAAAAUUGUGACUUGGAUUUUGUCCUUGGCUAGUGCUGCUGAACCUUUUCUAAAUGAGGUCCUCUUGAUGUUAUUCUGAAGACCUUUGUACUUAAAUCUGUGAUCGUUUGUAGCUUUAUUCUCACUGUUAACUAAAAGGAUCUGAUUACUCUUAAAA